AUGUCAUCCCCAUCUACACCGCGGUCGACGCGGAGCGCGUCGUCCGCUGGCGGUUCGCCCAACAUUCUCACGCCAGGCCGAAAGAUCAAAGCUAUGAUGGCUGCAUUUGACAGUGACUCGGAGUCUGAUAACCAAGCCACCAAACCCACACGCGCGAUCUCGAAGAGUGAUCCGCAAGAAAAUAAUGCCGAAACGCAGGAGCGGAGUCCAGCCCAGGCGUUAGACAGCGAUUCCGACGAUGCGGAGGAUAUUGUCCGACCAAAGGGCCGGAUGGCUGCUCGGAUGCAGGGCCAGACUUCUGACUUGCACGAGGUUGGGCCCAAUCAAGAAGACUCGGCUUUUGCUCGAUUGUCCAAGGCUCUCCGAACCGAAAGGGAGCAGACACAAAAGACCCAGAAAAAGGACCCCACACCAAACGACGACUCUAGUGAUGAUGAUCUUCCUGCGGCUGGCCCGAGAAGGAGGAAUAAUGCCAACGCGAAGGAGUCACCGGCACCUGAUAAUCAAUCAAAUGGCACGCCGCCGCGUCCCCGAGAGUUCUCCCCUCUGUUCGUGUCCUCACCAACGGGCCCGAGUAAUGACACCCAAGCCCAGAACGAAAAUACAGGAUCUGAGGCCGAAGAGCAUCCCAAGAGCAAUGCUCGGUUCCUCGCACUCGUCGCGCAGAAGCGCAAGGAACGAGAAGAGCGCGAAAAACUCGAGGCCGAGAAAAAAGCUGCCAGCAGAUCCCGGAUGAAGCAGUUUAGCUCUGAAAUUCUUUCUGGAGAGGAGAGCGGAGACGAUGACCCUGGCGCCGCCCGGAAGUUGACGCAGAAGCCUCGACAGCCCCGAAAGGCAAGCAAGAAGGCUCUGGAAGAGAUGAGCCGGGAAACACAGCGAAUGAGCCGCAACAUGCAGUUAGCUCACCAGGCUACCACAAGAAAGAAGAUCACCAAAGAGAGCCUUUUCGCCCGCUUCAACUUUAUGCAGCCAGAGCCUCCGGCCGUACAGCAGCCCACAGCUAAUUCAUCAUCGACGGCUGGGUCCCAGAACUCGUCUGAUGGAGAGGGCCGAAAGCACAAUGAUACGCCUCACACCUCGCCCGUCCUCGGACCAUCAGAUGCUGAAAAGCCCGCCAUCGUCAGCGAUAACCCCACCGGCCAGUCAAUGGACGGCAAGUCGAUGCCCAAAGAGGCCGAGGUCUCCAAAGAAUCCGAAGCUCAGUUGGCCCAAUCAGCAAUUGCCAACCCCAAAAAGGAGUCUCGUCCUUUGAGCCAGCCGCCGGUCCGGGUACUUCUUUCUCGGCACUCUGUCGCUCAGCACCAGAAUGAAGACUCCGACAGCGAUUUUGAGGUGGUGACUUCGCCUGCCAAAUGUCGCAGCAUUGCCGCAUUCGAGAACCUACCUGCCAAGAAGAUGCAAGAAUCUCCAUCCAUGACAAAGCUCAAGGCAUUAGCGCAUUUGACCUCUCCAACACGAAAGAUGACUUCGAUGAACUCCGCGGAACUCUCGGCUAGCCUACUCUUCAAAGCCAGGCGACAGGCUGCCCAGGAGAGGCGAGAGCGCAUUGAGGAACUCAGAGCCAAGGGGGUGCACAUUGAAACCGCCGAAGAACGCGCAGCCAUGGAGGAUGACGUUGAAAACCUGGUCGAGAAAGCCCGUCAAGAGGCAGAUGAAAUUGCCCGUCAGGAGAAAGCUGCCAAGAAGGGACAGGAUGAUGAUGAGGAAGAGGAUGACGAUGACUAUCGUUUGUCUGGCUCUGACGAAGAUGGUGAUGCUGACGGAGACGACGAAGAUGAGGAUGAAGACGAUGAGGAGAGAGCCAACCACAACGAGAAUCUUCUCGAGGAGGAGGCUCACGAAGACGACUCGUCUGCCGAUGAACAGUCCGAAGGUGUACCUUCAGAUGUGGAAGGCGAGGUCCCAGCAGCCCGGAGGAAGCGACCUACCCGCGUGGUCAGCGACGACGAAGACGAAGAACAACAGCCACCCUCGACUCCUGUGAGGCCUGCAAACAAUACCGCUCAAUCCGCCGAACGACCUCAGAUCCCCGGUCUGGGGACACCCGGUAAUAUGUCGAUGGGUCUUACUCAAGCAUUUGCUGGCACUCUGGGUGACAAUUUUGCCGAUAGCCAACCAGGCUCUGCAACCGUCCCAUUCUCCCUCCCCGACCCCGGUCAGCCUGUCCCUAGCCUUCGGAAAGAGGACUCCGAGGUUCUCGUCCGCGAUAGUCAGGAGCAGCCCGAUGAGCCUGAUUUCAUGGCAGGUUUUAGCCAAAAUAUCACCAGGGUAUCAGAGUCCCCUGCUCCCCUUCACUUCUCCCAAUACUCGCAGCUUCCCGAUCCAACGCAAGAUGAAGGUUUCGUGUUCUCGCCCUUUGAUCCCGCAAAACGGUUUAGGGAAACACCGCCCCUGUCGACGGUCGACACGGUCCUGGUGGGUCAGAGCCAGUCGCCCAUUGCGGAUCGAAAGAGCAGACAUCUACGACGAGGACGUGCCGUCGAGCUCUCCAAGAUUCAAGAGGAACACCAUGAAGGUGACUUUGAAAUCGAUGCCAAUGCCUUCAAUGUUAUGAAGAAGGCAUCCAAGAAACCCGCGGUUGCAUUCAACAAGAAGUCCAGCAAGGCGAAGGACAUUGUAGAAGAGGCUGCCGAGGAAUCCGAGGAUGAAUAUGCCGGACUUGGAGGUGCUAGUGAUGACAGCGAUGGCGAAGAAAACGCAUACGAUCAACAGAUGAUCAACGACAACAGCGGUGAAGUUGUCGAUGAGAAACAACUUGCCGCGCUCAAUGCGGUACAAGAACGAAACCGCGACGAGAAGGACGUCGCCAAGCUGCUCAAAGAUAUCACCACUGGAGCUCUGCGCCGCCGCAAAGGAGCUGAUGAUGACCUCGAUCUUGAUGACUCAGAUGAUGAGCGCCUGGCGCGCCGACGCGAGAAGCAGCGUGAGUUUGCGAAAAUGCGCAAGGCUCUUCUUGCCGACGACAAAAUCGGUGAAAUUGCAGAGAAUCCUAAGAAAGCAGCCUUCUUCAAGGCUGUAGAGGACCGCGAUUUCGAGGAUGACUUUAACUUGGACUUCCUCGAUGAGAAGGAGAGUGGCUCCCAAGGAGAAUCUUCACAGAACGUAGCCUCCGAGGAGCAGACCGAUUCUGGGGCAAACGCAAAUGGAAGCAACAAGCGCAAGCGGCCACUCGAACCUUCUGCUGAAGACAUCACGAAUCGACCGCCGCCUCACCUUCGCCGCACGCCCGCCAGUGCAAUGUCAAAGAAACCGGCAACACUGGCUGAAAUUCGUGAGACUCUUUCCUUCUUGACCGAAACCCCUGAGUACGACUCCUUCCACGAGGAUGCUUCCCUCGACGACGAUGCCGCCGAGGCGGAAGAUCCCGUGGAAGAAGACGCAGACGCAGCAAGCGCCGAAGAGAUCCAGCAAGAUGGCUCAAACCCUCAUUCACACGAUGGCUUCUCCAAGCCCAGUCACUCACGCCGUACGCGGGGUCAUGUCGUCGACCGUCUCGCCCUGCUGCGGCAAGCAUCCUCCAACUCAGCCUCAGCCUCCGGGUCUGGAAACACCAAGUUUGCCUUCCACAGUGGCGGCAGCAAAGAGGGUCCCGUCGGCUUCCGCCCACCCCAACUCCUCCGUCGUGUCACGACCGGCUCGUCUUCCUCGUCGGGCACGUCUACUUCAAGCACCUCCAACCGCGUCUCGAAACCCGCGUCGGGUCCGAAGAAGGGCAGUGCGGUCAAUUCUUAUACUGCGGCGCGCGAGAAGGAACGCGAGCGGGAGCUUCGUCUGAAGCAGCGCAGUGGAGGGUCCAAUUUUGCCAAGUUGCUGAGCAAGCAUGCUGGUAGUGGAUUGAACGCAUUAGCCAGCAAGGGCCAGUGGGAUUAA